GUCGAUAGAAGUACACGCAAAUCACAGUCCGCCGCUGACGUCUGACAAUGUCUAAACCAUAAAUAUGUGCAAGCGGUGUGGGGAAUUAUAAUCUUUACUGUAAAACGUUAUGCACCGAUGCAUCCGCAUUGAAACUUCAAAACCAUGUCCAAAACGGCUCUUCAGAAACCUCUGAUUGACACUGUGGGUCUGACGGCCUCUGCGAUCGACUGUGCAGGUCUGACCUCUCACAGCUCGCAGUACAACAAUGGCAGAUGUCGAGGCUACACAACCUGCUCAGGCUGAUGUUCACAAAACUAGCAACGGGCCAGCUGAAGGAUAUGAGAAGAAAUGUCUUUUCUGCAAGAUUGUAAACAAAGAAAUGGGCACAGAGCUUCUUCACUGUGAUGAGGAGAUCUCAUGUUUCAGAGACAUCAAACCUGGAGCUCCCCACCAUUACCUGAUUGUUCCAACCAAACAUGUAGGGAACUGUAAAUCACUCAGCAAAGAGCAUGUGCCUUUGGUGAAACAGAUGGUCGAGACAGGGAAGGAGAUCCUUCAGAAAAAUAACAUAACAGACCUCAGUGAUGUCAGGUUUGGUUUCCACUGGCCCCCAUUCUGUUCUGUCACACACCUACACCUUCAUGUCCUGGCGCCUGCCAGUCAGAUGGGCUUAAUGUCCCGCCUCUUCUACAGACUCAACUCCUAUUGGUUUGUCACAGCCGACCAGCUGAUUGAGCUUCUCAACGCUAAAGGAGAGACCAACUGAUCACCCGCCUUGGAUCCAGUCUUGCAGUACUUGACUUUGAUGUGACUGAAACAUCCACCUUCUUGCAGAUGUCAUAUUGGAUGAUACACACUAACAUUACGUUGCUGUCUGUUUGUAAUGACAGUAUUUUGAACUGGUGACACAUUUAUAACAAGAGACAUCAUUUGUCAGACGUUCAUAUGUUGAAUGAAGCCAAAUCGUUGUUUCUUGCUACCUGAGACACAAAUGUUUAAAAAAAAAAGUUUUUACAGAAGAAGUUCAUUAAACCUUCGCAGUAAUAAAAAUGCCUUUAUUUAAUGGACCAAGUAGCAAACUUUGUGAUUCACCUGCUUUCAUCUCCUAAUCACUAAAGAAGGCAUUAUUAUUUUUAUUUUUUUACUGAAUGAAAAGGUGAGCUGAGUACAAUAAUAGAUAGCCCAUACAAUUCACAAGCUGUUUUAUUUCCUGACAAGCUUAAUGAUUUGAAAAUCUGAUUGUAUGCAUGUGUAACUGAGGUAUAAGUAAGUAUAAUUCAUAUAUUGACAGAACAUGUUGGACAGCUGUGCGAGUUCCUCAGCUAUGUUGAGUUAUCUCUUUGCUGAUGGACAUUUUAUGGCCUAGCUGAUGUGGGUCAAAGUACAAAGUAACAUCCUCAUUAACUAUUUACUGUACAUGUCACCUUUACAGUAGAAACAAUUACUGUCUUCUGACACUGUAAAGUAUUCGGAAUGAGCUCAACAAGCACUGAAAUAUAGCGAGACAUUUGUUUAUACAUGAUCCUCUUACAGUUGAUGUAAUGUUUUAGGAUUGUGUUGAGAUAUAUGACAUGAACUAACUGGUUGGAUGAAGUGGAUAUUUACGCUAUAACGAUACUACUGUAUACUAAGAAGUGUAAAGAAAGAAAACCAUACUGUAUGUACUGUACGAAGGUGUAUGCACUUUAAGAAUUAAUUUAACUUAUAAUAAAUAAAUAAUACAUUGCCG